AAACCAGUAUCUUACUCCUCUCUCUUCUCAUCGACUCAUACCACUCCGCCUUCUUCCAUCUCUCUAACUCCAACCAUGGCAACCAAGCAAAGCUCCGCCCCAUCAUUCUUCAACUUCCUGAAGGAAGGCGUGCUCCUCCCUACCCGCAACCGAAGCCUCUUCGCGGUGGUCUUCGCGCUCAUCGUCGCCUCCACCUCAGUCCUUCUCCUUGGCAACGACCUCGCCGUUCAGCCCCUUGCCGACGAGGUAAGCCUCGACGUGAAGGCACUCAACAGCACCGACCCCAGUAGCCUGGACUAUGCUCGCCUCCUCCAAGAGAUCCAGGAUGACACCCGGCACCUCUUGUUCACCGGCGCGGCCUACCUCCUGUUUGCCGUCAUCGUCGGCUCCGCCAUCCGGAUCGUCAUCCUCUUCGCCGCCGUCUUGACGUACUCUGGUGAGCUGCACACCUUUGGCUCGCUCCUCGACAAAGCCAAGACGCAGCUGAAGGGCCCCGUGCUGACGCUAGCCUUCGUGUACGCCCUGGAGAUUGCCUACGUCGCACUUCUGGCCGCCUUGGCUGCGCUCUUCGUCUUCCUCAUUUUCAACCAAUACUUUGUACUGCUCCUUGUGGAGUCGCUGCUCCUCCUCGUCGCCUUCAUCUUCCUUGUAUACUUCUCCUUCCUCUGCUCCCUCAGCGUUGUCGUGGCGGUGGCCCAGCCCGGGUGCCAUGGCGCCGGCGCGGUUGGGCGGGCGUGGCGGCUGGUGAAGGACAAGAAGAGGCGGGCCUUGCUCUUCCUUGCCGUGACUGGCGUGCUCACCGCCGCUGUCUCGCCGGUGCAUGCGCUUGCCAAGUCGUGCGCCAUUAGUAGCAUGGCGUCAGGGUUGCUUCUCGGAUUUCUCUACACCAUCCUGAUGGCCGCCGUGGAGUUGUUCUCUGUCUGCGCCAUGACCGCGUUCUACUUCGAGUGCAAGGGAAGUACCGAGGCAUCGGCGACGGAGUACGCCAAGUUGUCUACUCAGGAGCAAAUUAAUGCGUGAUUAGGUGCUGUACGUGUAACAUGUUAAUGGAUGGCCGGGUUGUGGCUGGUCACAAUAUAUGUAAAUUUUACAUACCUUUUUUUUUCCUUUCAUUACUAAAGGAAGGGUGGUGCAGGCUGCGUGUA